AUGGAAGACGUCGAGAAGCUGGAGAAACUGAACUCAACAACUCCAGCGUCCACAUCAACGGCAGAGGAAUCGAAAUCAACUCAACAGCAGAAAUCAACGGCAUCAGCUAACGUCAACAACCAUCGGAUCGGUGCACAUGAGAAAAUCAACGAGAAUCAUCCAUCAUCAUCCAUCAUCAACAAUCAACGGCAUUCAACACAACCAUCUGUGCUGCUAGUAACGGCACUAGUAAAAGCAGCAUCACCACGAGGAUACUCGAUCGAUGCCAGGGUGUUAAUCGAUCAAGGCUCGGAAAUAUCGUUCAUCACCGACAAUCUAGUCCAUCAACUCCACCUGAAACGAGCACAUUCAACGCUCGAACUAAUCGGAAUCGGUGGAACACCUUCAAGGACAACGAGAGGAGUCGUGUCAGUCGUGCUUCAAUCAAAUAUGGGAAAUCAACGAGUUGAAAUCACCGCACACAUAUUGAAAAAACUCACCACACGACUGCCAUCAUUCUCAUGCUCAACGACGCGAAUCGGCUCACUACAGGAUUUUCAACUGGCCGAUCCAGAUUAUCUAAAGCCUGGACCAAUCGAUAUCAUCAUCGGAUCAGACAACUAUGGGCGGAUCAUCAAAGAAAAAGUCAUCAAGUCAACAUCAACUCAACUAGUUGGCCAACAAACAGCAUUUGGUUUGAUAAUAUCAGGUCCAAUCAAUUGCCACAGCUGUUCACCGAGAAUCUCCUCAACUGCAGUACGGAAUUCCGCGAACGAACAGCUACUCGAGCUUCUCCAAAAAUUCUGGGUCCAGGAAGAAAUCAACAAUUCAAUGGAGUGCCAUGAGCUAUCACCAGAGGAUCACCAGUGCGAGAUGCACUUCAAAUCAACGCACUCAAGAGACGAGACGGGGCGCUAUGUUGUGAGGCUCCCCCUGAAAACCUCAGCAACAGCCCUCGGCGACUCGAGGCUCAAAGCAACACGUCAACUACACUCGGUAAUGAGACGUCUACAAAAAGAUGAGGCGCAUUCAGCCCUCUACAAAGCCUUCAUCAACGAGUAUCAACAGUUAAAUCACCUUCAAGAAGCACCAGAGACUCCAGAACCAUCCCCAGCCUAUUAUCUACCGCACCAUGGGGUUCUGAGAGACGAUGCAGUCACCACAAAACUGAGAGUCGUAUUCAACGGCUCCAGUGCAAGCUCAACAGGAAUAUCGUUAAAUGACAUUCCCUAUCCCGGAGAAAAACUGCAAGUGGAUGCAGUCAACGUCCUCACAUGGGUGAGGAAACACCAGUUCGUUUCGCACGAGGGUGGCGAAAUUUUAAAAUUGUUCCUGAACGUAAUAUCCAACUGA